CGGGCAGCCGCGGCCAUGGGCAACGAAGCGAGCCUGGAAGGAGGCGAAGGGCUGGGCGCCUUACCCGAAGGGGCGGCGGCAGGCGGGGAUGGCGGCGGCCCCGCGGCCCCCGGGCAGCGCCUGGUCCCGGCCGGGGUGGAGGCAGACCUGAGCCGGCUGAGCGAGGAGGAGAGGAGGCAAAUCGCCGCUGUCAUGUCAAGGGCGCAGGGGCUGCCCAGAGGGAACCUCGCCGGCGCGGAGCCGCCUCCCAUGCAAAGACAUCCUGAGCUCGAUACAAGCCGGCAUCCCAGGCAACCAGGUAAGCCUCCAGAUCCAGGACCACCAAGUUUAAGUAAAAGCAGAACAGUAGAUGUGCUGAAGACAGAACAACGGGCACCUGGACGGAGCCCUUCUUCUAUUAGCCUAAGGGAAUCAAAAUCCAGGACUGACUUUAAAGAAGAUCAGAAACCAAGUAUGAUGCCCAGUUUUCUCUCGGAAGCCAAUCCACUGAGUGCGGUCACUUCAGUUGUGAACAAAUUCAAUCCUUUUGAUUUGAUAUCAGAUUCAGAUGCAGCCCAUGAAGAAGCUGGUAAGAAACAAAAAGCUACCCAGAAAGAGCAAGGGAAACCUGAGGAGCAGAGGGGCCCUGCAAAGCAUCCAGCUCAACAGCAGUCUCCAAAAUCAGCUGUUCAACAACAAGGACCUGUCAGACCUACCCCCCAGCAAACAGAGUCUUCCAAACCAGUGCCUCAGCAGCAGCAGCCUGGGGAACCAAAGCAAGCUCAGAAACCAAGCCCUGGUCAUCCGGCAGACUCUAAGCAAGAGCAAGCAAGACAACCAGCCCAGCCACGAGGACCACAGAAAUCUCAGCCCCAACAGUCAGAACCAACGAAGCCUGUUCAAGCUUCUGCAAAACCUUCAUCAGGCCCAACAAAACCAUCACCACAGCAAUCAGACAGUGCUAGAACGUCAUCCCAAGCACCACCACCUACAAAACCAUCAUCACAGCAGCCAGGACCUGUAAAACAAGCAUCUCAACAGCCAGCACGACAAGGUGGUCCUGCAAAGCCAUCUUCCCAGCAAGCAGGGCCUCCAAAACAGCCUUCUCAGCAACCUGGACCUGAAAAGCCAUCUGCUCAGCAAACAGGACCCACAAAACAACCAUUGCAGCCUGGACCUGGAAAGCCACCUCCACAGCAAACGGGUCCUGUGAAACAAGUGCAGCCACAGGCAGGGCCUACAAAACCAUCUUCUCAGACUGCAGGGGCCACAAAGCCUCCAGCACAACAACCAGGAUUUACAAAACCACCAGGUCAGCAACCAGAGCCUGAAAAACCCUCACAGCAAAAGCAAGCUGGUGCAACUCAACCUCCUGAGUCUGCCCCAAAGAAAACCUUCUGUCCUCUUUGUACAACCACUGAACUGCUGCUGCAUGCUCCAGAAAAGGCCAAUUACAACACCUGCACGCAGUGUCAUACUGUAGUCUGCAGCCUGUGUGGAUUCAAUCCUAAUCCUCACAUAACAGAGAUUAAGGAAUGGCUCUGUUUGAACUGCCAGAUGCAAAGAGCAUUAGGUGGUGACUUAGCACCAGGUCAUGGUCCUGGGCCACAGCCACCUCCACCCAAACAGAAGACACCUGUUCCACCUUCAACAGCUAAACCACCUGUCCAGCCACAGCCAGUUCAAAAGAAAGAUGCUUCUCCAAAACCUGAUCCUUCACAGAUAGCAGAAUCGAAAAAGACCCUGCCACAGAAAAAGCAACCAUCCUUGCCUGGAUCUCCCCCUGUAAAAUCAAAGCAACCCCGUGCUGAGCCUGCUGAGAUCUCUCAGCAGGUAGAUCCUGCUCCAAAGUCUGAUCAGGCCAAGCCAACCCAGACAGAAGAUAAGCAAAACCAAUCCACUAUACAGAAGCCAACAACUGACACUGUGCCUACCUCUGCAGCCCCAGGGCCGAAACAGGAUUCAGCAGGUCCCAAACCUCCACCAACUCAACAGAAAGUGACAGAUUCUCCAAAGCCAGAGCUUGCCAAACCGUCACAGGACACUCAUUCUACUGCAGAUAAACCGGAUUCCAAACCUCUUCCGCAAGUGUCUCGGCAGAAGUCAGAUCCCAAGCUUGUGUCUCAGCCUGGGGCUCGCCCAGAUGCUAAAACUCAAAAGCCUGUUGAGCCAACACAAACAAAAGAUGAUCCUAAGAAGUUACAAACAAAAGUGGCCCCAAAACCUGAUACCAAACCAGCUCCCAAGGGCCCACAAGCGGGGGCAGGUCCCAAGCCAGCACCAACGCAGCCGGUGCCUCAACCCCAGCCGCCUCAGAAAACUCCUGAGCAAUCAAGGCGUUUCAGCCUUAAUCUGGGAGGCAUCACUGAUGCCCCUAAGCCUCAGCCAACAACACCACAAGAAACAGUUACUGGGAAACUCUUUGGAUUUGGAGCUUCAAUCUUCAGCCAGGCCUCAAAUUUAAUUUCCACAGCGGGUCAGCCAGGGUCUCAAACAUCAGCCCCACCUCCACCUGGUCCUGCAGCAAAGCAGCCUCAGCCUCCACCGCAGCCUCCAGCCUCUCAGGCAGCCCCUAAAGAGGCUGGUCAGGCUCAGCCUCUUCCAAAAGCUGUUCCUGUAAAGAAAGAAGCCAAGCCUCUUAUGACUGAGAAAUCAGAGCCAUCAAAAGCGGAUAGUGUUUUAACUACUAAAGGAUCUGAUUUAGAAAAGAAACCUGGUUUGGCUAAAGACAGCAAGCCUCAGGCUGCUGAAGCUAAGAAACUAGCUGGGCUGUCGGAACCAGAGAAGGCCAGCCAGCCUGAAGUGUCUUGUCCUCUUUGUAAAACAGGACUAAAUAUUGGUUCUAAGGAUCCCCCCAACUUUAAUACGUGUACAGAAUGCAAGAAAGUUGUGUGCAAUCUCUGUGGAUUUAACCCAAUGCCGCACAUAGCUGAGGUACAGGAAUGGCUCUGCUUAAACUGCCAGACCCAAAGAGCAAUGUCAGGACAACUUGGGGAUAUGGGCAAGGUGCCACUUCCGAAAACAGGCUCUCCACAACCAGUAUCCAAACCACCUGCUACUCCUCAAAAACAGCCUGUGCCUGCUGCCUCACAUUCCCCUCAGAAGACUUCCACACCACCUACUCCAGCAACAGCAAAACCAAAAGAAGAACCAGGCGUUCAGAAGGACGUUCCAAAAUCUCAGCAGGGGAGACUAGAAAAAACAUUGUCAGCUGAUAAAAUCCAACAAGGAAUUCAAAAAGAAGAUGCAAAACUUAAGCAGGGAAAACUUGUCAAGGCACCGUCAGCUGAUAAAAUCCAACGUGCUUCUCAGAAGGAAGACACAAGAGUCCAGCAGACAAAACUGACAAAGACAGCCUCAUCUGAUAAAAUUUUGCAUGGAGUUCAGAAGGAGGAUGCAAAAUUUCAAGAGGCAAAACUGGCAAAAACAUCCUCAGCUGAUAAAAUUUUGCAUGGAGUUCCGAAGGAAGAUGUAAAACUUCAAGAGGCAAAAUUGGCAAAGACGCCCUCAGCUGACAAAAUUUUACAUGGAAUUCAGAAAGAAGACCCAAAGCUGCAACAGGUAAAAAUGGCAAAGGCAUUGUCAGCUGACAAAAUCCAACCUGCAGCUCAGAAGGAAGAUGCACAACUUCAGGAGGUCAAAAUGCCAAAGGCAGUUUCAGUUGAUAAAAUCCAACAUGGAAUUCAGAAAGAAGAUACAAAACAUCAACAGGACAAAAUCGUGAAAACUUCAUCAGUGGAGAAAAUCCAACAGGAAACUCAAAAAGAAGAAUCAAAACUUCAGCAAGGGAAACCGUCAAAGACACUUUCAGCAGAUAAAAUCCCUGCAAGUUCAGACCAAAAGAAACCCCUAAGCACAGUGCAAGAAGAUAAAAAAACUCUGCUCCCAGAAAAGAGCACACCACACCCAGAGGACAAAAAAGAACAAAUUACAGCUGAGACUAAAGACCGUGUUGCUGAACAGAAAGUAGAAGUGGAAGCAUCUUAUAAGGAACUGGAAGCUAAGAAGCAAGAGGAUGUUACAAAAGAGGGUUUGACAACUGGGAUCUCACAAAUCAUUUUGAAAGCUGAAAAAGCUCAGGAAGAAGAGAUUCCUGAUAAAACAGCACCUUUGCCAAGAACUGACCAUGUGGAAGCAGUGAAAGAAAAAAUAGAAAAGGAGGAUGACAAAUCAGACACAUCAAGCUCUCAGCAACAGAAAAGUCCACAAGGUCUGAGUGACACCGGGUAUUCUUCCGAUGGGAUAUCAAGUUCACUCGGUGAAAUUCCAAGUCAUAUCCCCAGUGAUGAAAAGGAUUUACUCAAAGAAUCUAAUAAAAAACCCAGUAUUUCCCAAGAAAGUCCACCAAGCCCCUCAGAUCUAGCUAAAUUGGAAAGUACUGUACUGUCUAUUUUGGAAGCUCAGGCAAGUACACUCUCUGAUGAGAAAUCUGUGAAAAGCAAAGAGCUUUAUGAAACAUACAGUGAACAGGCAAAUGAUCAACAUAAAACAAAGCCUUUGCCAGUCACUCCAGAAUCUUACAGCUCAGAUGAGGAAGACUUAGAAGCUAUUCAAGAAGGUGAAAGAACCAUCGUAGAAGAUGGCAAAGGAAGUGCUUCCUCCUGGGCAGCUUACAGAGAAGAAGAGGAAGGAGACGACAUAUUGGCAAGAAGGCAACGCUAUGAUUCUGUGGAGGACAGCAGUGAGAGUGAAAACUCACCGAUCCCAAGGAGAAAAAGAAGAGCUAGUGUCGGUUCUUCAAGCAGUGAUGAGUACAAACGAGAUGACAGUCAGGGAUCAGGUGAUGAGGAAGACUUCAUUAGAAAACAGAUUAUAGAGAUGAGUGCUGAUGAAGAUGCCUCAGGUUCUGAAGAUGAUCAGUUCAUAAGAAAUCAACUCAAAGAAAUCAGUGCAACUGAAAGCCAAAAGAAAGAUGAAGUGAAAAGUAAAACCAAAGUAACAGCUGGAAAACACAGAAGAAUGACACGGAAAAGUAGUGCAGGCUAUGAUGAGGAUGUAGGAAGACGACAUUCAUGGCAUGAUGAUGAUGAUGAGACUUUUGAUGAAAGCCCAGGGCCAAAAUACAGGGAAACUAAAAGUCAAGACAGUGAAGAACUUACAGUAACUGGAGGAGGAGGCCUUCGGCGUUUCAAAACAAUAGAAUUAAAUAGUACAAUAACAAACAAAUAUUCUGAAACAUCCGAAAAACAGAAAGGUAUUUUAUAUUUUGAUGAAGAGCCUGAGCUAGAGAUGGAGAGCCUUACAGAUUCACCAGAAGACAGAUCUAGAGGAGAAGGGUCUUCUAGUUUACAUGCUUCUAGUUUCACACCAGGUACAUCUCCUACUUCGGUGUCAUCACUUGAUGAAGACAGUGACAGCAGUCCUAGUCACAAAAAACUUGGAGGAGAAAGCAAGCAACAGCGCAAAGCCAGGCACCGGUCGCAUGGUCCUCUUCUUCCAACUAUUGAAGAUUCUUCAGAAGAAGAAGAACUCCGGGAAGAGGAAGAACUACUAAAGGAACAAGAGAAACAGCGUGAAUUAGAACAGCAACAAAGAAAAAGUUCUAGCAAAAAGUCUAAAAAGGACAAGGAUGAACUAAGAGCUCAGAGAAGGAGGGAACGUCCAAAGACUCCACCAAGUAAUCUUUCUCCUAUUGAAGAUGCAUCUCCAACAGAAGAGUUACGGCAGGCAGCAGAAAUGGAAGAGCUGCACAGGUCUUCCUGUUCUGAAUAUUCACCUAGUAUUGAGUCCGAUCCUGAAGGAUUUGAAAUCAGCCCAGAAAAAAUAAUAGAAGUACAAAAAGUUUACAAAUUGCCUACUGCUGUCUCUCUAUACUCACCAACAGAUGAGCAACCAGUUGGACUCCCAAAACAAGAAAGUGGACAAAAGACAUUGAAAAGUGCUGAAGAGGUAUAUGAGGAGAUGAUGCAUAAGACCCAUAAGUCCAAGUCAUUUCAAAUUACAAAUGAAAAAGAUGAAGUAUUUGAAAAAGAAUCUUUAUAUGGUGGAAUGCUAAUAGAGGAUUAUAUUUAUGAGUCUUUAGUAGAGGAUAGUUACAAUGGAACUAUUGAUGCUAAUCUUGUAAUGAGACAAGAUGAGAGCAGUGAAUAUAUACAACAGAGAGGAAAAGAUAAAAAAAUAAGAGCUUCAGAACAGAUCUAUGAAGAACCACAGAAAAUUACUGAUCUACAGAAAGACUACUAUAGUGUUGAGACUUUACAUUCCAUUGUGCCUCAAGAAGAUAUUGUUUCUAGUUCUUACAUUAUCCCAGAAAGUCAUGAAAUAGUUGUAUUAGAUAGCACAGUAACUUCCACUAGUGAGGAAAAGCAGUUGUUAGAUGCAGAAGCUGCUUAUGAAGAGCUUAUGAAAAGACAGAGAAUGCAGCUAACCCCUGGGUCCAGUCCAACACAACCAACUUCAGAUUUCAUUCCCACAUCUGAUACAAAGGUAUCUAGUGUUGGGGAAACAGUCGAUAGUACAUCUUUAACAUCAAGUACUACUUCAGCUAUCUCAGAUGUAUCACCUGUCAGUAGCACAGCACUUUCUAUUCCAGAUGUUAAAAUAACACAGCAUUUUACAGCAGAGGAAAUUGAAGAUGAAUACUUAACAGAUUAUGCCAGAGAAAUUCAAGAAAUAAUUUCUCAUGAGACAUCAAUGUUAACAUACUCUGAGACAACAGAAGGUGCUGCAUCAGUCUUACCUUCUGAUACAGCUUCUUUAACAUCAUCUACAUCUUCGGUUUGUACCACAGAUAGUUCAUCACCUAUAGAUAGUGCAACCACAGGUUAUGUAGAUACAGUAGAUGGUGUAAAUAAACUAGCAGAUUCUGAAGGUGUCAGAACAAUAACACAAGUUCCCUUAACAUCUACGAAAGAGUACUCUGAAAUGCGCAUGCCUUAUGAAUCCAUUGCCGAAGCCACUAGAAAGCCAUCUAUAGCAUCGCAUAUUGAAAGUGUGGAUCAAGCUGCAGUUUCUUUGCCUGAAACUGCACCUUCGGUAGUGACAACUACAGUUAUAAAACCCAAGCAAUAUGCAACUGAUGCCACUACCUUUGAUACCCCCAAAGCAGAAAAGGAAGCAGCUAGAAAAAUGAAAAGUACAGUAGAGGCUGGUAUUGUCAAAGUUCAUCAUGAAGAUUCACACAAAGAGGUGGAUGGUGAUAUAACAAGGAUUAGUUUGACUAGUGUUACAUCUGAGCAACCACCUGUAUGUAUAGCACCAGUACCAGUUACAGAGCCUGCAUCAGAAACAUCUUCUGUACCUACUCCCAGUGUUUUAAGUAAGACCAGCAUGGUCUCUGUGCCUUCCUCAGCUCCUGCUGUAACAUCCAAAGUCUUCUCGCUUUUUAGAAGCUCUUCUUUGGAUUCUACUGCACAACCUUCUCCACCCCUGCCUCCUCCUCCUCCACCACCUCCUCCACCACCUUUACCUCCACCUAUUUUACCCAAACCAGCCAUUUAUCCCAAAAAGAGGUCACAGAUUAAAACUCCAACAGCAGCAGCUCCUACAGCGGUACCUUCAGUCACAAGUGUUCCAACACUAGAGCCCACAGCUGUAUUAAAGACUCAUGUAGUACCUUUAACAAAAACAUAUACCCCAACACCACCUCCUGUACCACCCAAACCAUCCUCCAUUCCAGCAGGGCUUGUUUUCAGUCACAGGCCUGCUGAAGUAACUAAACCUCCAAUUGCUCCUAAACCAGCAGUUCCUCCACUCCCAAUAGCUGUUUAUAAGCCAGCAGAAACACAGUCUAAACCAAUAGGUUUGUCAUUGACUUCAGGUAUGACUCUGAAUUUGGUCUCUGCACCUGAAUACAAAAUAGCAUCACCCACUUCCCCUUUAUCUCCACACUCUAACAAAUCAUCACCAAGGCUGACAAAACCCUCACAGGAAACCUAUGUUGUCAUCACGUUGCCAUCUGAGCCUGGAACUCCCACAGAAGCUAUAACCAGUCAGGCUGUUACCAGCUGGCCUUUAGAAGCACCUACUAAAGAACAGAUUCCUCAGUCUGUGCAACCAAUUUUUACUCCGUCCAUGAAAACUACGGAAAUUCAAAGUAUGGCACAUCAGAGUAUGUAUAUUUCAGGUGCUUCACAAACUAUUCCUGUCACAACACAAUCAACUUUUGAAAAAAUACCUAGUUCAAAAUCAGGAGUAGUAACCACAGAGGUAACCAAGACCACAGUGUCUGUGGUUAAGGGCCCAGUGCCUGGUUUUAGUCUAGGUAGUGUUGCUAUUACAAUACCUCCAGAGCCACUACAUAUAGUAGAACAACCCAGAUACAGAGAGAAUGGAAGAUUCCAUCCUUUGGGCGAUGUCAUAGAUCUUCGCACUUUAACUAAGGUGGAUAUUGAAAGGAAAGACAGCUGUAUGGAUCUGUCUGCUGUUUCCAUAGACAUGAGAAGGCAAAUGCCAGCAAGUGAGACAUGUGGGCGGCCAGUAAGUACUGUCCAGCCAGCGAUAAUAAAUCUUAGCACUACAUGCGUUGCGGAUUCUUCUCUGUCUGUGGUCACUGACACAGUAACUGUGAUGACCUGCACCGCCACUGUAAGCUACACUGCCAGUACAGACAGCCUUGUGGAUCUUGGACACGCAAUGACAACACCACUUCAGCUAACAACGUCAAAGCAUUUUGAGCCUGCAUACAGAGUAACAGGCAGCCAGGCUUUCUCUGCAAGUACAGAUGAAGUGCCAAUAAAUUUAUCCCUAGGUACUUCAACACAUGCAGUGACAUGGGCUACUACAAAGCCUGUUACUGUACCGCCUGUUGGUGUUACAAAUGGCUGGACUGAUCUCUCCACGGAGCCCACGGAGACUGGAGCAGUUGACCUUAGCACUACAAAAUCCCACAGAACAGUAGUAACAAUGGAUGAAACUACUUCAGGUAUCAUAACAACAGUAAUAGAAGAUGAUGAAAAGCCUGUGGAUCUGACUGCAGGGAGAAGAGCUGUGUGCUGUGAUAUGGUUUAUAAAUUGCCAUUUGGUAGGAGCUGUACAGCACAGCAGCCACCAACUACUCUUCCUGAAGAUCGCUUUGGUUACAGAGAUGACCAUUAUCAGUAUGAUCGUUCAGGGUCAUAUGGCUACCGAGGAAUGGGAGGUAUGAAACCAUCUAUGUCUGACACAAAUUUAUCAGAAGCUGGACUAUUUGCAUACAAAAGCAAGAAUAGCUUUGAUUAUCGUGUUGGGGCAACUGAUGCAGCAGUAGAUCUUACUUCUGGGAGAGUUACUACAGGUGAGGUUAUGGAUUACUCAAGCAAGACUACUGGUCCUUAUCCAGAGACUCGACAGGUGAUUUCAGGCAUCGGGCUCAGUACACCACAGUAUUCCCAAGCAAGAAUGGUAUCAUCUCUGGGUUCCCAGUUUGGUGUUGGAAAUGUUUUAAGAUCAUCCAAUGGUGUUGUUUAUUCUUCAGUAGCAACUCCAAUUCCAUCCACAUUUCCCAUCACUACACAACCUGGUUCUAUUUUCAGUACAAGCGUCAGAGAUUUGCCUACUCUUCAAACAGUUGACUCAGUGUCCUCUUUAUCAGCUUUACAACAGAAUCAACCACUCCCAAGAUCAUACAGUUUCUUGACAACAGUGGCAGCUGAAAAAGAUAGUGCAAUUACUGCCAUUGACAUGGAGACAGGGUUACCACCUCUUACUAUAGAAACUAUUACCAGUGAGCCGCCCAACUUGAUACCUACUUUAACAACGGCAUCUGAAGUUUAUACAGAUGUGAUUGAAGAUGAGGUUGCCCUUCUCAUUGCCCCCGAAGAAGGCAAACAGCAGCAGCUUGAUUUGGAGCGUGAACUGCUUGAGCUUGAGAAAAUUAAGCAGCAGCGCUUUGCAGAAGAGCUGGAAUGGGAACGUCAGGAAAUUCAAAGAUUUAGGGAACAAGAAAAGUUUAUGGUGCAAAAAAAGCUUGAGGAGUUGCAAUCGAUGAAACAUCAUCUUUUAUUUCAGCAAGAGGAGGAAAGACAAGCACAGUUUAUGAUGAGGCAAGAGACAUUAGCCCAGCAGCAGUUGCAGCUUGAACAAUUCCAACAACUUCAACAACAGCUCCACCAACAGUUAGAGGAGCAAAAAAUUCGUCAAAUAUAUCAGUAUGGUUAUGAUGCUUCAGGAACCGGCUCACCACAAGCUACCACAGAUCAAACACUUUUGGAAGGACAGUAUGCAACCACAGAAAAUGGCCAGUUUUGGCCUACUGAUGAUGUGACCACUACGGCUUCCGGAGUGCUGGGUAUUGAAAUUCCACAAAGCCAAGCAUGGUAUACAGUUCAGUCUGACGGCAUUACCCAAUACAUACCUAGGUCUGGUAUUCUAAGCUCUGUUUCAGAAAUGUCUCUUAAGGAUAUUGAUGUUAGAGAAGAGAAGCAAUUGAAAAAGAGAAGUUCUAUGCCAAAAUUACGUGGUCCAUAUGAGGAGCUUGAGGAGACCCUGGAAGAAGAGCCCCGGUGCUUUAAAAAGAUAGUGGACAGUGGAGUGCAGACUGAUGAUGAAGACGGAGCGGACAGAGGUUACACAAACAGGAGAAGGAGAACUAAGAAGAGUGUUGACACGAGUGUUCAGACAGAUGAUGAAGAUCAAGAUGAAUGGGAUCUUUCUAGCAGAUCCAGAAGGAAGCCUCGUGUAGGGAAAUACAGCGAGACUACCACUGAGGCAGACAAAGCUAAACAAUUCUCCAAAGUAUCUAGUAUUGCAGUUCAGACAGUAGCAGAAAUUUCAGUACAAACAGAACCUGUAGGAACAAUAAGAACACCUUCAAUCAGGGCCCGAUUGGAUGCUAAGGUUGAAAUCAUAAAGCACAUUUCAGCUCCCGAAAAGACAUAUAAAGGAGAAAGUUUGGGAUGUCAAACAGAGACAGAGUCAGAUAAUCAAAGUCCCCAGUAUCUGUCAGCGUCAUCUCCUCAGAAAGAUAAAAAACGCCCCACACCAUUAGAGAUAGGAUACUCAUCCCACCUUCAUCCAGACUCCACAUUGCAGGUAGUCCCUUCCCCUCCCAAAUCUCCCAAAGUUCUCUAUUCACCCAUUUCACCUGUUUCACCAAGCAAAGUUAUAGAGUCAGCAUUUGUACCCUAUGAAAAACCCAUCACUGAUGACAUCAGCCCUCAGAAGAUGCUGCAUGCUGACAUUGCCAAGGUUCCUCCAUCAAGCCCAAAGGCAGCAAAGAUGAUGCAACGCUCUAUGUCUGAUCCUAAGCCCCUGAGUCCCACAGCAGAAGACAGUUCCAGAGCUCAGUUUCAGUACACUGAGGGUUUCAUGACAAAAGGUUCUUCAAGCAUAACUCCAUCAGGCACCCAAAAGAAGGUGAAGAGGACUCUGCCCAACCCACCUCCAGAGGAAGCAACAGCAGGAACUCAGUCACCGUAUAGUUCUGUGGGAUCAGUUUCACGCAGAAGGAUUUGUAGGACCACCACUAUGGCCAGAGCCAAAAUUCUUCAGGACAUAGACAGGGAACUGGAUCUGGUCGAACGUGAAUCAGCCAAGCUUAGGAAGAAGCAAGCAGAGCUAGAUGAGGAAGAAAAGGAAAUAGAUGCCAAGCUGAGGUACUUGGAAAUGGGCAUUAAUAGGAGGAAAGAAGCCUUACUAAAAGAAAGAGAAAAGAGAGAGCGUGCCUACCUCCAAGGAGUAGCAGAAGAACGUGAUUAUAUGUCAGACAGUGAAGUUAAUAAUACCAGGUCAACCAGAAUAGAAACUCAGCACGGCUUGGAAAGACCCCAUACUGCACCCCAGACAGAAUUUAACCAGUUUAUGCCACCACAAACACAGCCAGAAACACAGUUUGCCCCUGCUACAAGCCCAUAUGCUCAGUAUCAGUAUUCAUCUCCUGCCCUGCCAACUCAAGCACCAACUCAGUUCACACAGCAAUCACAUUACCAACAACAGCAGCCUUUGUAUCACCAGCAGGUUUCACCCUAUCAGACCCAGACAGCUUUCCAAACAGGAGCUACUGUGUCCUUUACUCCACAGGCUCAACCUCCAUCAUCUCAACAGCCAUCAUAUCAACUCCCAUCACAGAUGAUGGUUAUACAGCCAAAGCCAAGACAAACCUCAUUAUAUUUGGAGCCUAAGAUAACAACAAACUAUGAUGUAAUUCGCAAUCAGCCUCUCAUGAUAACACCGGUUUCAACUGACAAUAAUUAUGCAGUUUCUCAGCUGGGUAGUAAAUACUCUACCUUGGACUUAAGGAUAGGACUAGAUGAGAGAAACAGCAUAGCAAGCAGCCCUAUAUCAAGCAUAUCUGCAGACUCAUUCUAUGCAGAUAUAGACCACCACCAUACACCCAGAAAUUAUGUGCUGAUUGACGAUAUAGGGGAACUAACUAAAGGAACAGGAGCCCUUGCUUCCAGUUUUAGCCUCCAUGAGAAAGAUCUGACAAAAACAGAUCGACUGCUUCGCACAACCGAGGCCAGGAGAUCACAGGAAGUGUCAGACUUCCUAGCACCAUUGCAGACUUCUUCUAGGUUACACUCAUAUGCUAAAGCUGAUGAAGAUCCAAUGGAGGACCCUUAUGAGCUCAAACUUCUGAAACAUCAGAUAAAACAAGAGUUCCGUAGAGGUGCAGAAAGUCUUGAUCAUCUGGCUGGCCUGUCGCAGUAUUACCACAUGGAGGGCAGCUACAGGCAUUUUCCAAAAUCUGAGAAAUACAGCAUAGGUAGACUUACUCUUGAAAAACAGGCUGCUAAGCAGCUUCCAGCAGCCCUGCUUUACCAGAAGCAGUCAAAACACAAGAAAGCAUUGAUAGACCCCAAAUUAACAAAGUUUUCACCUAUCCAAGAAAGCAGAGACCUUGAGCCUGACUAUUCAAGCUAUAUGACUUCUAGCACUUCAACACUUGGGGGUAUUACUACCAGGGCAAGACUUCUUCAGGAUGAUAUUACUUUUGGCCUUAGAAAAAACAUCACUGACCAACAGAAAUACAUGGGGCCAUCACUGACUUCAUCCAUUGGAGCAGGUCUGGGGACUGCACUAGGUCCAACAAUGAGAUCCACAUUACAAGACGAAUCAGACAAGUCUUAUAGCAGUGGUAGUAGGUCUAGGCCCUCAUCUAGACCCUCCUCAGUUUAUGGGCUUGAUUUGUCAUUGAAAAGGGAUUCUUCCAGUUCUUCCUUAAGACUGAAAGCCCAAGAAGCUGAACCCUUAGAUGUUUCUUUUAGCCAUGCAGCACCUUCUGGAAGAACUAAACCCACCAGUCUACCUAUUAGCCAAAGCAGGGGAAGGAUCCCAAUAGUAGCACAGAACUCAGAGGAAGAGAGCCCACUAAGUCCCGUUGGACAGCCAAUGGGAAUGGCAAGAGCAGCAGCUGGACCAUUGCCACCAAUAUCUGCAGAUACCAGGGACCAGUUUGGAUCGAGCCAUUCAUUACCUGAGGUCCAGCAACAUAUGAGGGAGGAGUCACGGACUCGAGGCUAUGAUCGAGACAUAGCCUUCAUCAUGGAUGACUUCCAGCAUGCCAUGUCAGACAGUGAAGCCUAUCAUCUCCGACGUGAAGAAACAGAUUGGUUUGACAAGCCCAGAGAGUCUCGUUUGGAGAAUGGACAUGGCCUCGACAGAAGACUGCCAGAGAAGCUGUCCCACUCUCGACCACCAAGUCAACAUCAAGAUCAAGUAAGCUGUCAAAUAAAUGGGAAGCCACUGCAGUACAUUUUCCCUCAUACAAGGUUGAAACUACUGAGAGACCCAAAGGAUCACACAGUUUCAGGCAAUGGACUGGGAAUCCGAGUUGUAGGUGGGAAAGAAAUUCCAGGAAGCAGUGGGGAAAUUGGAGCUUAUAUUGCCAAGAUCUUGCCUGGGGGCAACGCAGAGCAGACUGGAAAGCUCAUAGAGGGAAUGCAGGUGCUGGAAUGGAAUGGCAUCCCCUUGACUGGGAAAACUUAUGAAGAAGUGCAGAGCAUUAUUAUUCAACUGAGUGGGGAAGCAGAAAUAUGUGUAAGACUGGAUCUGAACAUGCUUUCCGACUCUGAGAAUCCCCAGCACCUGGAGCUGCAUGAGCCAGUAAGGGCAGUAGAUAAAGCGAAGUCCCCAGGAGUUGAUCCCAAGCAGCUGGCUGCAGAGCUCCAAAAGGUUUCUCUACAGCAGUCGCCUCUUGUUGGUUCCUCAGGAGUGGAAAAGGGAUCUCACGUUCAUUCUGGAACCACUUCUGCUGCCUCCAGUGCAGUUCCCAGCCCUGGUCAGCCUGGUUCACCCUCAGUGAGCAAAAAGCGGCACAGCAGCAAGCCCACUGAAACUACAAAGUCUGCUUCCCAUCCAGUCACUGGAGAAAUUCAGCUUCAAAUCAACUAUGACAAACACCUUGGCAACCUUAUCAUCCACAUCCUUCAGGCAAGAAACCUUGCUCCCAGAGACAACAAUGGCUAUUCUGACCCUUUUGUUAAAGUUUAUCUUCUUCCAGGGAGAGGACAAGUCAUGGUUGUCCAAAAUGCAAGUGCUGAAUAUAAGAGGAGGACUAAGUACAUACAGAAGAGCUUGAAUCCUGAGUGGAAUCAGACAGUCAUAUAUAAAAAUAUCUCCAUGGAACAGCUGAAAAAGAAAACACUGGAAGUAACUGUCUGGGAUUAUGAUAGAUUCUCUUCGAAUGACUUCCUUGGUGAAGUAUUGGUUGAGUUAUCUAGUAUCUCUCAGCUUGACAACACUCCUCGGUGGUACCCUCUGAAAGAACAGAGUGAAAACAUUGAUCAUGGGAAGUCUCAUUCUGGACAAAGUAGCCAGCAAUCUCCAAAACCAUCUGUCAUCAAGAGCAGAAGUCAUGGAAUCUUCCCAGACCCCUCUAAGGACAUGCAGGUGCCCACCAUUGAGAAAUCUCACAGCAGUCCAGGGAGCUCCAAAUCUUCUUCUGAAGGACAUCUACGCUCUCAUGGUCCAUCUCGCAGCCAAAGCAAAACCAGCGUCACUCAAACUCACCUUGAAGAUGCUGGGGCAGCCAUUGCCGCUGCUGAAGCAGCUGUCCAACAGCUUCGCCUUCAACCAACAGCACAUAAAAGCGGUCAGUCUAAUCAUGCCAGGAAGCAGCACAGACACAGCAUAGCAGGAGUCCUCCCUAUUCAAAGAACUCAGUCUGACAAUCUGCCUCCACCAGCCAAUGACAACAAAGACCAAAGCCAACUAGCCCUCAGGAAAGUGAUGUCUGAUGGACCAGUCAAGCCUGAAGGAGCAAGGUCUACUAAUCACCGCCCUGCAGAAAGUUCUGUCUCCACUGGCUCAUCAGCGAGUAGUUUUGGCAGUGGAUACAGCAUGGACAGUGAAGGCAGCAGCAGUGCCACAGGAGAGAAUAAUCUAUUUCCUAUCCCAAGAAUAGGGAAGAUGAGCCAGAAUGGACAAGAACCAGUAAAGCAGUCGGGAGUAGGAUUAACCGAUGCAGAAGGUAAAACACAGGUUAUGGGUGAGAUCAAGAUCGCACUAAAGAAGGAAAUGAAGACAGACGGAGAACAGCUGAUAGUAGAAAUCCUUCAGUGCAGAAAUAUCACAUAUAAAUUUAAAUCUCCAGAUCAUCUACCAGACCUGUAUGUGAAGUUAUAUGUUGUCAAUAUCUCUACACAAAAGAGAGUAAUUAAGAAGAAAACCAGGGUAUGCAGGCACGACCGAGAGCCUUCAUUCAAUGAAACAUUUAGAUUUAGUUUGAGUCCUGCUGGGCAUUCUCUUCAGAUUCUGCUUGUCUCCAAUGGAGGGAAGUUUAUGAAAAAGACACUGAUUGGGGAAGCUUAUAUCUGGCUUGACAAAGUGGAUCUAAGGAAAAGAAUAGUAAACUGGCACAAACUGUUGGUCAGCUCCACACAAACACACUGAGCAGAGCUGUCUGCUUAGGGCACAAAACUUGCAGAGUCUGCUAUAAACAGCAUCACUCCAAGACUAUAGUUUGAUAUCAUUGUGUUUAGCUAGUCUUUCAGAAUAUAAAGUAGAAAAGAGCAGUCUCUGGGCUACAUAGCACACUUAAAUGAGGGCUAGUACAUGUAUUUUGCUGCAAAAGACAGCAAAGCAAAAGAAAACCUGGGCCCAGAAGUUAAAGUGAGGCUGUUUGAAAUGAAGACUGAUACGAGGGCUCCAUGUUGUUGGACUCUUUGUGAAGAGAGUAACUGUGAAGGAAAUAAAGAAGGCUGGAAGGCAGGUGUUAAUGCAGAGGUCAGCUGCAGCUGGAGAUACAGUGAUGGAAAGAGCUGUCUGGUUUUCUGUGCAACCAGAAGGAGAUCAUUUUAUGCAAAAACACCUAGGGUGACUGACUUCCCAAAUCUCACUUAUCAGAAGUGCAAAACUGGUUCCUCUGCACCUUAGGAUCUCUGAUAAUUUGCUGUAAUGAGAUUAUGCCAAUUGAUACAAACUACAAGGCGUUUGCAAGAGUGAAAAUAUUAUUUUACAUUCCUUUAUUUUCCUUCUUUUUUUUCCCUUCAGAAUCUGUACUGUAGAGAAUCAGAUCUGAUUGUUUCAUUUGUUUCUGUGUGUUAAUGAAUAUAAAGCACUGUCCUAGAAUGUAAUGGAUAAAAUUAUUUUAAUGGUCCAUAAUUUGGGAUGUCGUUUUCAAGAGAAAGGACGGGAUGUAACUGCUCUGCAUCAGGAAGAAAAAGUGCUGUUUCAAUGUCAGUGACUCUGUACUUCGCCCUUUGAAUUAGCAAUUUGAAAACAGUCUGGAAUUGUAGAGACUUAAGCAUUGGGACUAACACAAUUUCAACUAAUCCUUCUGUUUUUCAGCAACCAGUCUUUUUCUGAAAUUGUACAGAGACAAUGAAUUCUAGGUGACAUUGUGGGCACUUUGGAGCAGUAGACUCACCCUGCUAACACCAACCUGCACAGUGCAGGGAUCUGUAUCAGCACCAGUGAAACACUUAAAAUCUAAGGGGAAGGGAUAACAGGGCAGUAACUGCCUAAAUGCUGUUGUGUUAGAGAGAAUUAAGAAUAUCCUCUUUCUAUCUCAGAAGAACAUCUGAGUAUAAUCCACUCAACAGCAUGGCUUCUCGGUCAGGGAAGUAAUAAAUACGAAGGUAACUUGCAACAUUUCAGACUGUGUCAGCACUUCCAUACUUAAAGACCCGUUUUCAUGGGCUUGAAACCAAGCAGUUAGCUCACCUUAGGGAGAAACUACUGCCUGGCAUGGUUUAGGCUGGUUGUUGUAUUUUCCCUCAUACCACUUUUGAAGAACAAGGGAGAGCUUCUCCCAUUAUCAAAACUAAUAGUUUCUUUAAAAAACAAGAAUCAAUACUGUUCUAAGUCCCAUGUUACUCAGAAGUCAUUUAAUAUUUCACAGCUUCAUUAAAAAGUAGUUUCUCUUGAAAUAUUACCUCAUGACCUUUGCAUAUUUAAAAAGAAAAUGACCAAACUUCU